AACGCUGCUGUGUUAUUGGUUAAUAUUACAUACGUCACACGUACUGGGCGAGUGUGCCAAUACAAACCACGAAGUCUUUCUCUGUCAGAAUCAUUGAUUCGUUUUGAGGUAAAUGCCUCUGUGUGUUCUGAGUUGCGAGUUGAGACAGCGAUUUUACUUAUUGAUUUUGAAUAAUACGUCUGACUGAAGGGAAAAUUAAGUCAAAUUCCUAAUACACUUGCUUCAAUUUUAAGUCAAGUCGUAGAUUUUUUACAAAUUCACUUGUUUCUAAAAUGUGAAAGUACGUUACUGUAUACUUCUAGCUUCUAGCCUAGUUUCAAUCUUAAGUUAAGUUUCUAUUUUCUUUUCUAUGAAGUCAUUUCAUUAAACUCAAAAGGGCUUGUGGUUAUGAUAUGAGCAGGAAAAGUUUUUGGAUAUAGUGUUAUUUAGAAAAAUAUAAAUCCAAAACUGGUCUGGGACUAUGAUCCGCGAGAUGUUCGUGAGUUCAGACGAGGAGGACCUCGAGAGUCCAUGUGACAUCGACCCGGAGCGCGCCGGCCUCACGCGGCCCAACCGCGACAUGCACAACCGCUGCUGCGGCGGCAAGGCUUGGUGUAUUAAGGACAUAUGCGGUAUAAUAUGCGCGGUGCUAACAUGGAUGCUGAUCCUAUACGCGGAGUUCGUGGUGAUGAUGGUGAUGCUGCUGCCCGCGGUGUCGGCCUACCCGCUCUACAGCUACGUCAACAUAUUACUGUUCCAGAGCCUGGCCUUCCUGGCGUUCGCGAGCCAUCUCCGCACCAUGUUCACGGACCCGGGCGCGGUACCAAAAGGCAACGCGACCAAGAAGAUAAUCAAACAGAUGAGUUUCCGCGAGGGCCAGGUCAUCUUCAAGUGCACCAAGUGCUGCAGCAUCAAGCCCGAGCGCGCGCACCACUGCUCGGUGUGCCAGCGGUGCAUACGCAAGAUGGACCACCACUGCCCCUGGGUCAACAACUGCGUGGGAGAGAACAACCAGAAGUACUUCGUGCUUUUCACGUUCUACAUCGCGGCGAUAUCGAUCCACUCGCUGGCGCUGUCGCUGUACCAGUUCGUGACGUGCAUACGGCACGAGUGGCGCGACUGCAGCACCUACUCGCCGCCCGCCACGGUGGUUCUGUUGCUGUUUCUGAUAGCGGAGGCGCUGCUGUUCGCCAUAUUCACCGUGGUCAUGCUCGGCACGCAGUUGCACGCCAUAUGGAACGAUGAGACGGGCAUCGAACAACUAAAGAAAGAGCAGGCGCGGUGGGUGCGCAAGUCGCGGUGGAAGAACAUCCAGCAGGUCUUUGGCCGCUUCUCCAUAUUCUGGUUCUCGCCGUUCACGCAGCCCUCCAUCAAGACCAAGCUCGACAGCUACUUGUAUAGCGUUUAACACCUCCACACUUUUAUAUCACAAUAUACACCUUUUAGCACUCGAUAUUUUUGCUAAACUACAAAGCGUUCGCACGGGAGCACGCGGUUUUGUCGCUGGCGACAAAUACGCGGCUAAAUGCGAUAUGCACACGCGAUAAACUCCCUUAUUCAUAAACGUUUGUUAAAGUUGACAAGCCGAUAAUACCAAUACGUCUGAAAGGGACAAACGAUUAUUAUCGGCUUGUCAACUUUAGUAAACGUUUAUGAAUAAGGGGGAAAGUCUGUAGAGUGUACGUGGUGAUGCGUACGGUGAAUGCAGGACUUAACAAGCCUUUGUAAACGUUGUAAUAUAAUGUAAUAUUGCGCUUUCGCGGCGUAGUGUUCUCGAUCAAUAAUUUGCCAUUGUAAUCGAUGCAUCUCAGAAUAAGCAAUAUUUUUUCAUAUUUGUGUGCAAUAAUUUUGCUAAGCGUGUUUUUGUAUUCGUUCUUUUUGUACAUAUACUCGUAUUAUGGUCGACGAUAGGAACCACGACUUUUCGACAGCGGCUCGAGUCGUAAACAGUUUAAAAAUAAAAGGGGAAACUUAUUAACAUCAUAAAAACUCUGUGCAAUCAAUUUACAAUUGUAAUUCAAAUAGUAUAACAACAGUAGGCUUACAUUUAGGCUCAGAUCUUAAUAUUUAGACCAGCGGUCGGCAACCUUUUAGCAGCCAAGGGCCACAUAAUAAUUAACGAAGAUGACGCGGGCCGCACUUUGGUAAUAUUUGUGACUAGCCGACAUUGUCGAUCGUCAGUACUACAUACAAAAUAGCCAGUGAGGCUCGCGGGCUGCAAGCGAGAGAUUGGCGCUGGUUGCCGACCGCUGAUUUAGACGAUUGACUUGUAAUUUUAUAGAAAUAAUACUUGGGGACGAUCUUUGAAGUAAUUACAGCAUCAUAUUCUGAUAUUUUUAACGGUGGUAUUACGAAUGUCGGGUUUGGUUAAGAUUAUAUUCGGUCUUAUUUAGUGUUGGAAAGGAACUCGAGUCUUUUGAGUCUAUAUUUAAAAAAAAACUGGACUCUUUAUGAGACUCAGCGGUCAAAAAAUUCCCCGUAUUACUCACGAAUCGAAUCUUUUAUGGAGUAUCUAUGAAAUAUUUUUUUUUAAUUGUGAGUUCUCUUAAAAUAAUUUAAAUAUCUAUAAAAGAUUGGGGUCUUGAAAAGAACUCGAGUUAAUACUCGAACUCGACUUAAUUAUAAGAGCCUGUGUAAUCUUAUAGGACUCAAAGAGCUCGAGCUGUAACCAACACUAGUCAUGACUAGUCUUAUUAGCAUACCUCGCAAUCGAGCUAGCAAAACCGUAGCAGUUGCACAUUAAGGUUGACGCAUAUAUGCGUAUUUACUAAGUCAAAUACAAAAACUAUGUUUUAAAUUAAUUAUUUAAGAUCUGUUUGCGUGUCAUUACGCUAAAUAAGGUAUUUACAUCCUUGUGCUAUACACACAUCAUUACUUUAUAAGUAGAUAGAAUUUAUUUUGUAUUUCAAAUUUGUAAACAAAUUGAGAUCAAAUAAACAAAAAUUUAAAGAAGUAAUUUAAUAAUUUACUUUCCUGAAACACAAAUUUAACUUAAAAAUUUAAAAAAUAGUGACUAUGUUAUCAUGAGUCAUGAUGAUGAUUCAUGACAUAUGAACGCUAACCUUUACAUUCAACUGUCAUUUGCUACGGUUUUGCUAGCUCGAUUGCGAGGUAUGCUUAUUAGUGACCUUAGUAUGGUCUACGUCUUCACACUACAAAAAUGUUACCACAGUGUUUAACUCCAGUGAGUAUUAUUUCAAACCAUGACAAUUUAUUCCAUUAUUAAAUUUAGUAUACUGAAACUGCUUGGACUUAUUUUGCCAAGUAAUUAAAACAAAUGUGUUAGUGCCUAUAUUAUAAUUUAUAAAUUCAGUAGGCCAAGCACAUGAAUGGCACGACAGUAUCUUGCGGCGAGAUAGACUACCCGAGUACCCGUCUUUUUCUAACUAUAUUAACAAAAAAGGGACGGAUCUAUCUCGCCGCGAGAAACUGUCGCGCCAAUUAUGUACUAGCCCGGCUGAUGCAAUCACAUGGGCGAUAUCGUCGGGUGACAAGCAAAAGUCACUAACUAACACCAUUGAAAUUAUUGGACAAUAAACCGUGUUACAAGUGUAAUAAAGUGCAUUGUUACUUUAUUUUUUUGAUGAUACUUAGUGACUUUUGCUUGUCACCCGACGAUAUACAAGCAGUAAAAUUAGCCGGUGAUCACCUAACCUAUUGACCAAUAAGAAACAAUUUAGAAUCGUUACUAUUAUUUAUCUAAUUUAUUUCUCGGUUGGUUUUCUAAAUCAUUCAUUACGUGUGCCGCAUAUUAUUGGUCAAUGACUGGUAACGUAGAGAAGUUAUUUAAAACCUAUUGACGUGGUUAUUACGUCAAAAUUACCAACUAUUUAGAUAUCUAAUAUAAGGACCCCUAUUCGACAAGCGACGUUUGACGUAUCGUGUUGAUCUCCCGUUGAUGUGGGAAAAAUCAUAAGUUCUCGAAUACGUACAAUGUCAACAUUUGACAUUAACAAUCCAUAGUUAGGGUGACAAGCAAACCAAACCGAACCACCCUUUGUUUAGAGUUGAGUUUUGGUUGUACCAAAUGAUAUUAUCCACCGUUGAUGGAAUCAACACUCACUCAGUAUGCAAUAAAAUCAACUGUUGAUUUGACGUGGAUGCGAAAUCUGACAGUUGUACAUGUCGAAUUUGGCCCCAGGUGACUGAUAGUAAUUGGCAACUCUUAACAAUAAGACUUCUAUUGGCUUGUUUUUUUCUGCCUUACUAUGGAGUGGCCAUUGUGUGGUGGCCAAAAACUAUAGCAAUCACCCUUACUCGCCCGUGUAACUGUUUCAGCACACGAUUCAAUAGAAUAUAACAUUAAGGCGACCAAUAUGUUUUCCCGUCACGCGUUAGGCUUCUUCAAAACAUUUGCUCUGUCGACCAUAUUUAUCUAAGGGCGGUAUUCCACAUUCAUCUGUCAUUCGUCAUUGCGUCUCACUCUCUCAUUUUAUCUAGCAAAAUGUGAGACGCAAUACACAUUGGACUGAGAAAUCGGACAGGUGGAAUACCACGCUAAGUACAGUGUACAUUCAAGUAUGAAUUAAUUGAAUGGUUGAAGCGUGAGGUGAUUAGGUAACCAAGAUGUCUGCAUUUACUAUUAUAGUGAUAGUCCCAAAACCAACAUUUUCUUGUCACAACGAGUGCAGUGAACCAUCACUAUUAGGCCUAGUAACAUUCAAACGCCGAGUAGCUUUGUUGACUGACUGAAUAAUUCGACUUGGCUGAAUAAGCUUUAUUAACUUUGCCUAACGCGCUGUCGCUCGAUAGCUGUAUCGCUGCUAUAUACAAACAGCAAAACUCAAAUAAACUAUCCAUCGGUGGACUUUAUGCCUUUUGUAAUAAGGUCCACAGAUAGACAGUUAACAGUGUGGGUAAUGGUACUAAUUCGCUUAUGAAUUCAGCUCGUCAAUAAGUCACUGUCUUCUUUUGUAUUUAAAGCGCUACAAAAACGGUUUAUAUGUAAAUAAUCUUUUGUAGUUUUUCUUUGGUUUGAUAAAUGUUUCUUAGCUCUUUUUAGAGAAGUUUUUUUGUAUAUACUGACAAUUGAAGGGCGAGCUGAUUCCAAAACCGAAUAAGUAAACUCGAUACGUGUAAUGAAGGCAGCAGUAGUGAAGCCACCUGCUGUUGCUGGUGCAUAUACUAUAUGAAAUAUUUUUGUAUGAAAUCAGUUUUACAGCCACACUACAAUGCUAUUAGUAAAACACACAGACUUGAAUGUAGUAGAAUUUUAACAUUAGGACAUUGCUCGCAGGAUUGAAAUACGCAUUACGCGUAUGUCACGGUAGUUUCCAAUUUUCUUAUCGUUGGGAGUGGACAUGUAACUGUGGUAACAUUGACCAUAUGGCGCCAUUGUGAUGUUACAUGUUCAAUGUUUAUGGUUGUAUAAACCUGGGUACGGGCCCCGUGUGCCCUUAUGGUAAAGACGGUACUGAUCACAGACGGACAGCGAAGUCUUAGUAUCAGGGCUAUAUUUUACCCUUCGGGUACGGAACCCUAAAAAGAGGCGCAUAGCUUGAACUAUAACAAAAGCCUCAUCAGUCAGCAAACGUAUGCGUUUUACGACGGUACGUUGUAUUAUUGUCACUAAUUGGUGGUAAAAAUAUAUUAAGAUAUAGAAAAUAUUGUAUUUAGGUAUCAGUAAAAUAAUUCCCCAAUCCGCAUUGGGCUAGCGUGGGGACUAUGGCCCCAGCCCUCUCGCGCAGGAGAGGAGGCCUGUGCUCAGCAGUGGGACGUAUAUAGGCUGAAAUGAUGAUGAUGAUGAUGAAAAUAAUUCCAGCCACUGCUUCCAACCCGACGCUGUGUAUGAGCGACCGACUUCUUGCUGGUACUGGUGUCAAUGUUGCCACAACAAUAGAGAGGGUGCCGACUAUAGUCCUUCGAUUUGUGGCUGGCUCCGAGCGGCUAAUCUAAACCCGCUCGUGCAUAAAAAUAUCAUUCGGUCACUUUAGCCGGUUAUUGACUUACAACUCCUAUGGAAAUUGCAAUAAGAUUCAAAAUGAACAAAUGGAAAAAUAUUUUGCGAGGCUGUGUGUGGUCUCUUCGACUCGCCGGCACUCAGUACUACGGUUGCUGAGUGCCGGCGAGUGACCGAACGAUUUUUUUAUGUACGAGCGGUUUUACUUAACAAUAGACAGGAUUACCGUCGGGGCCAGCUAAAAAUCAAAAGACUAUAACCCUUUACCCUAUUGUCAUAUAUAUAGUCCUAUACACGUACAUUUAAAAUUAUGGGAUGCUUAAAAUUAUGAAUUUUCCUUGGGUUUGAUAUGGUCUACUUAAUGACCAAAAAAUUAUUAUGAUAUAGUAAGGAUCUCUGUUGAUGUGGUUUAAAUAUCUUUUAAAUGUAUAAAUUUAUUGAAUGCUUUGACUAUUAAAUUUAGUGAUGGUUAUAUGAUUAUAUCUUUUAAGGAGGUUGUAUGUCGGGUUCUUACGUAUAUAUUGCUCACUGGGGUACCGUCGAAGAUACAUUUAAACGGUCGAUUGUGAGUCUCAAUGAAAUGGGGUCUACUAAAUGGUCAACUAACAAGUUUUAAGGGGAUUUUAUUCGUUUUUAUAGCGUUCGUAUUAUCAUGAAGCGAAAACUAAGAGGAGUAAGCAAUAACGUAUGUACUGUCUAUAAUGAUAUGUGGAAAAAUAGCACCAGUUUUAAUUUUGGCCUUCGAUUUGGUACUAUAUUUAUUUUUAAUAGUAUAUAUUUUUAUCAUAAAUCCACACCGACUGAAGCUUUGUAAGCCAAAUAAUAGUUAAGAAAGACUAAUAGUCUUCCUCUAGAGAUUGGAAACACUGGAUUUACAUCUGAAUACACAUGUUUAUUCUUAAAUGACAAAACGAUUUAACUAUGCAUGUCGGUUAGCGCAGCAGUAGGUACAUGUAAAUUAUUAAGUACAGUCGCCAUCAGAUAUAUCUCAGCGGCCAUGGUGCUCACGAAUAUCUGAACACGCCUCUAUUGUAAAGGCGUUAGAGUGCGUGUUCAUAUAUUUUUGAGGACCUUGGCAGCUCCGAUAUAUCUGAUGACGACUGUACCAGAUGCCAUGACAAUAAAAUAAAGGGUAGAGACUUGCGUUACCCUCGAUUUAGCUUGUUCAAAAAAAGUAUUCAUCUUUUUCUUUUACCUCUAUAAUGACCAAGAGCAUGUUUUACUAUAUAAUUUUCUUUGUAGUAAGAAUAAAAUACUUGUAAUUUUGUUUUUCUAUAAAUACUUUGGUAAAAUGAAAAUCAAUCGUAUCAUAUCAUGUUUCAAUUCUAAAAAACGUUACGUGCAGGCAUAGUAAGAAAAGGAGCAUAAUAGUAUACAUGUUUCUCGUUUAUUUAUUUAUUUAUUUAUAUAUCGAAUAUUUAAUAACUCAAAUGAAAUCAAGACAUCUGGUCACUUUAUAAUAUGUUUCUUAUUUUCUUACCGUAGUUUGUCAUACAACUUUAUUUAGAUUUGUACUUAUCAAAGUUAGGGCAUCAGCCGGCCUAGCCAAGGUUACAAUCGCUAUCGCUUCGACAACGAAAAGCAUUAUGUCUCUAUCACUCUUCCAUAUUUGUGCUACAGUGACAGUUAUGUUUCAAUCGCUACGGAGCGUAAGCGAUCGGCAUCUUGGCUACACGGCCAGUUGCAGACCGUAUAUCUAAUAUAUCCGUACACGGCGAGAACAAGUUGAUAUCUGGCGAGGAAAAAAUGAAGAAAUUUUAACCUUAUGUAAUUGUAUUUUAAGUUCAAAUUCCUUCACUAGAAUAUCUCGAGUUAUCAACUUCUUCCCGCCAUGUACGGAUAUAAGAAUAGCAGGAACGCAAGUCUUUUUGGGUUAAUUAUAUUUUCUGCAGCAUAUGGAAUUGAUACGUUACCAAGUGCUGUGUAAUCAGUAUGUAGGUAGCUUUAGAACAGAAUUAAUAAGUUUCAGUCAUCAACUCUUGCUUUAGGUUUGUAUGAUGAAUUGAUACAUAUAAUACAGCUUGAUCAAAAAAUAAGCUACGCUACAAGGGCUCUAAAAUUGCGUUGUUUUCGAAUUAUACUCGCACGAUUUCUGAAAAGCGAACACUGCUAUUUGCUUACUCUAAAACAAGCUUGUCAUUGACAAUUUAAUUAUGGAAGACAAUGAAGACUGGUUCCGACUUGUAUAAAUGUAUUUUUAAAUAAUUAUAAUUUGGUGUUGUCUAACAACUCUUAAUAUUAUAUCGGUACCUCUUGUACUAGGACUCAAAUUUUAAUGUAACAUUUGUUUUGCGGGACCCGUGUAACCUAUGGAAUAAUGUAAAAUAAAGUAGGCUAGAGAACAUU